AUGCAGCAUUUGCUGCGCAAGCUGGAAGCGCUGGCCCGGUCGAGCGGCGGACCGGAGACGCUGGACAAGGAGAGGACGAACAUCGUGGAGCUGCUCGCCGCGAUUUGCAUGCAGGCCAUGCUGGGAUCCUUCAUGCCGGACAACGUGAUCGGCAUCUUUGUGCAGCUACUGCAGACGACGAACCCGUGGACGCAGUACCGGAUCGCCCGCUCCGCCUCCCGCUACGGGCAGCACUUCCUUGCCGCGCUCAUCUACGAGAAGCUGUCGCGGAACAUUUCGCUGGAAAACUUGCACUUCUAUCUGGUGGCACUGGGCCAGAUCUCGAAGGCGGAGUGCAUCCUUAACCACGGCCAGGAGUAUGACGCGCUUGCCCAGAGGCACGUUAAGCGGGAACCGGGUGCGGCGCUGCCGGGUGCGACCGGUUCCCUCUCGCUCAUCGAUCGGCUCGAGAAGGCAAUCAAUCUGUAUUGCAUUGCGCUGUCGACGCUGAAGGCCAGCUCGUCGCCCCAGCACCCGCUGGCGUUCCAGUCGGAGCUGAUCCGCCUGCGGUGCACGUUUCUCGAGGUGCUGCACAGUGUGGUGAUCACGCGGAACACGCUCUGCAUCACGCCGCCGUCGGAAAUUUCCCAAACGCUGGCGCAAAACUGCCGCGAUCCGCUGCAAAAGUACGGUCACAUCACGAACCAGCUGCGCAAGCACGUGAAGCUGCUGAAAAACUGCGAAGAUGCGUACGGCCGGCUGUACAAAAGCUCGUUCGAUGCCGAUCCCGGCACGCUGGAGCACCUGGAAGCGGUACAGCACCUCUGUGCCACGCUGCAGCUUUCCAUCGAGACGAUUUCGUUCAUCAACCCGUCGGAAACGCCGAAGGUGGCACCGCAAUCGAGCCAUCCCGAGACGCGCUACCUGCUUUCUGUGUGCCGGACGGUGCUGAAACAUCUGCAGCUGAUACCGGCCGAGGUUCCUGGCGGCACCAAAACGCUCACCCACGAGCACACGGACAUGAUGAUGAAGCAGAUUGAAACGGUGCUGCAGAAUACGUCUGUGAAGCUGGCACUGACCCCACAGCCCCGCGCCACCGGUGAACCGGUGUUUGUGCAGCCGAACAGCCAUUUGGUGGUGAAGGUGGAAGGUGUCAUCCAGCACUACGGCCGUACGCCGUCGCUGUUCCGGGCGAUCAACAGCAUCCAGCUGACGCUAAACUCCACCCUGAUGACGUCCCGGCCGAACGAUGUGAAGCUGCUGUCGGACAGUCUCACGCUGACGCAGGUGGUGAAACCGCAUCGGGACUUUCUGAGCGGCAGCUUCCUGAUUGCGCUGAACAACACGGCGCACACGUUUAAUGGUGGGCCGGUCAGCUUGGGUGGCCAGUGGCAGCUGAAUCUGGAGACGUGCAUCAUCGACGACAAUGGGGUGAUGUGGCAGACCGGGCCGAAGAGUACGCUGCUCGUGCGCAUACCGGAGGAUAAUCACAAACAGUCGCUCGGAAUGCAGUCGACCGUGAGGAGGUUUUAA